AUGAUGCGCUCAAUCCGGCAUUCGCUCGAUUCGCCCGUUCGAUUUCCCCGGUUUUGCCGACGGCUUUUAAGCGGUUUAGGAAGCAGGAGGCCAGAACAGUUUACGAGCGCUGAUGGUAGCUGGCAGUCACGUUUCGUGUUGCUGUCGCGACACGCCGUCAGCGCGCCGUUCGGCAAAGGCGCCCGACGGGCUGGGAAGUUUUAUCACCAUCCCAUUUCGGAGGCGAACGGAGAAAAGAUCGCUCCGCAAAAAGUCACAAAGAACAGCAAGAUCCCCGAGGACCCGGGGCUGUGCCGCACCGUCCUGCCCGAUCCGGAGCCUUCCCAGGGACGCUUCUCCCCGGAAUCCCACCUUACCGAGGUUGCCGAUGGCACCUCCGAGUCAGCGCCCAGCUGCGAGGGCAGCGUCUGUGACAGGGUGUCCGAGUUUGAGGAUUUCUGGAGACCUCCCUCGCCCUCCGUCUCGCCAGCCUCGGAGCGAUCUGUGUGUCCGUCCCUAGAUGAAGCACCCCCCUUCUCCAUGCCCUUCAAACCGUAUAUGUGGAACAGCCUGGGUGGCUCCGAGCUGAGGCACCUUGUACAAAGCUACAGGCCCUGCCCGACGCUGGAGCGAACCUCAGCCCUGGGGAUCUUCUGCGAGCGAGGCUCCGAGCCUGCCCUCUAUGGUGCAGAGUGUAGCUCCUCCCUUGGACUUUAUGGUGACUUUGGCUCCCCGGGCCCAGGGCUGUUUGAGCGGCCACCAGCAGCAGCACCUGGACUGUAUGCCGAGACGCAGCCUGGACUGCAGCAAGAGAAGGGGCCAGGUGGCAUCAAAGUGGAGUCAGACCUCUUGUGCCGCCCAUUGCUCAUCAGCACUGGCUCUUACAAGUGUGUCAAGUGCAGCAAGGUCUUUUCCACGCCGCAUGGCCUUGAGGUACACGUGCGCCGCUCACACAGUGGCACGAGGCCCUUUGCUUGUGACAUGUGUGGCAAGACCUUCGGCCAUGCAGUCAGCCUGGAGCAGCACAAGGCCGUGCACUCGCAGGAACGCAGCUUUGAUUGUAAGAUUUGUGGCAAGAGUUUUAAGAGGUCUUCUACUUUGUCUACCCACCUGCUCAUCCACUCGGACACCCGGCCCUAUCCGUGCCAGUACUGUGGGAAGCGGUUCCACCAGAAAUCUGAUAUGAAGAAACACACCUUCAUUCACACAGGUGAGAAGCCUCACAAGUGUCAGGUGUGUGGAAAAGCCUUUAGUCAGAGCUCUAACCUCAUCACCCACAGUCGGAAGCACACAGGCUUCAAGCCCUUUGGCUGUGAUCUGUGCGGCAAAGGCUUCCAACGGAAGGUGGAUUUACGGAGACACCGGGAGACACAGCACGGUCUGAAAUGAGUCCCAGCUGGAAUGCAGAAAGCACCUACAACACUAUGAGAACAGACUCCCUUGGCUUCCCUGCUGGACCUGAGCCCUGUCGUGAGCACAAACCCUGGCAUUACCUUUCUGGCCAGGAGCUUGGAGGGGAAAGGACAGGGCCAUGCAUUGAGAGCUCAACCUGAAUGACUGUGAAAGCGGAAAUUAAAAGCUCUCUUUCUCUCCCCCCCUGUUUCUGAAAUAACACUGGAAAAUAAGCCUUUUAGAUAUGAAGCCUGAUACUCCAAAGAUGGAUAAGCUACCAAAUACCUUUAAGCUGGAAAAUAUUUCUCCCAUGGCCAAGAUGGACCCCCUGAAGUUUUCAGUAGCUUGAAUCACCUUGCAGGGGCACAUGGGUGUAAUGGUGUUUACAUGGUAAUGAGAGAGAGCCAUCAGCUCGUGGUGUGGGGAGCGCUUGCCUUGGUUGAGUUUUGGAGCCGAGUGGCCUCACCCUUGGUUUCCUGUCAGGAAAACCUGGAGGAUCAGGACUGAACUGUGCCGUUUGACAUCUUGCUGGUUUUCAAGCAGAGGUAUCAGCUUGGGCCUGAUCCUGUUCUCACUUGUUCUGAUGCAAAUCAGGAGCUGCAUUAACAGUUAUAGAGAGGCUCUUUUUAUCCUCCCAGAGCCACCUCUGCCUGUGCAAGGCCUGGCUGUGUGCGUGUGUUUGAGGCCUGGGGGGGUUACUUCUUGCUACAUCCAUUGGGGAGAAGGAAGCUUGUGAUAGACAAGUAGAAAAGCCAAAGCACAGAG